UGGCCAUCUCUCUCCUUCCUCACCCGGUCACCCCCAUUCCUGAUCUUGAUCUGCGCUUGACAUCGUUGAAUCUCAGGUUUGGCAGUUUGGGUGAGGAGAUUGAGAGAGCAGAAUGCUAGGUUCUGGCAACAAUUUAAGCCGAGGGAAUGCUGCAUUGUCGUCGUCGUCUUCGGAUAUACCUCCCUUGUCUCAGUGUUUGUGUUUGGACCUUAUCACGUUAGGUAGUCAGAAAUAUACGCGCUCUGGAGAAUUAAGGAGGGCUCUUGGUGUCCCGCCUGCAACUACCCAAGAAGACCAUUCUUUUGGAGUUACUCACUUUAAACUCACUGCACCCGUUGCAACGGAGGAGCUUAAGCACUUCAAAGAAAGCGUGCAAGAUACCUCCAGAAAGGCCAAGGAUAGAGUCAGAAAGCUCCGUGAGGCCAUCGAUAAAUUGGAGAAGUAUAGGGAAGCUUUAAGCUCAAAGAAGGGACAAAGAACUGAUAUUUCUCCCACUGAGAGGGCUGGGGGAGUAAACUUAGCAAAGAUUGGAAGCCAGGUUCACAGAAACGAAAAUGACAUUUUGAAUCAGAGACCGGAAGACAGGGCCAAAAAUGUUGGGCUGAACAAACGUGUACGCACAUCAGUUGCAGAUGUCCAGGGAGAUAAUAGGGCUGUUGUAAAUGCAAGGCAGCAGAAGGGGGCAGAAAAGGAUGGUGACACCCUUUCAUCUAUUAAUGGAAGUGCUGUUCGAACUGAAGAAAAAAUCCGAAGAUUGCCUGCUGGAGGUGAAGGAUGGGAUACAAAGAAAAAAAAACGAUCUGCUGGAAUUGUAGGCCAUAGAGUUGCAAAUGGUGAUCAAGAUGUAAAACGAGCCAUGCAACAAAAGAUAAAUCCUGAACCAAAGUUGCGAUCUUGUGAUGUGCUGGGCUUCAGAUCAAAGUCCUCCCCUGGAGUUAGUGGAAUCCACAAGCUGGAUGGUUCUUUUGAACCAGCUGGUUCAGAUGCUGGUACAGCACUCAGGAAUGAGCCAGAAAGCAUCCCUCUCCCGAGGGAUCGGACAACUGUUUUGGAGCAAAGGGUUGUAGCAAAAGGAAGCAAUAAGGCAAGUCUGCUGGAUGAUAACCUAGCAAACUCUCCAAAUAGAAUGUUAAAAGCAAAAGUUUCUAGGGCUCCAAGAACUAGUUCCAUCAUGGUUUUAGACUCUUCUUCUAAUUCUAAAAUUCACCAAUCUUCCGGAGCUUUUCCUAGUUGGGAACAGCCUGCUAGUGUGAAUAAAAUCCCAGCUUUAGCUGUUGGGAAUAAUAAAAAAUAUGCAAUGCCUAUUGGUUCAUCUUCACAUGCCAUGGCCCAGUGGGUUGGUCAGAGGCCAAAUAAAAACUCACGCACAAAAAGGGCAAAUUUAGUGUCUCCUGUCUCAAACCUUGCUGAACCUCAAAUUUCAUCUCAAAGUUUUGCAACACCUGAUUUUAGUGCAAGAACAUCUUUUGGGGUUGGUGGAUCAGUGUUUGCCAGCAGUGUUGAUAAUGUUAACCUGAAAGUUAAGAAGGAACCUGAUACCGUUUCAUCUCCGUUUGGGUUAUCUGAAAGUGAAGAAUCAGGAGCUGGAGAUAACAAAUUGAAGGACAAAGCAAUAGAAAGUGGUGAGGUAGCUGUAUCUAUGGCUGGGGUUUUGCUUACAAGGAAGAAUAAGAUAUCUACUGGUGAAAUUGGUGAUGGAGCCAAUAGAUCAGGAAGGUUUGGAAGCAGUGCACCCUUGACAAGACCAGCUCAUCCAAUCAGGGAGAAAUCUGAGAAUCUACAGGCAACGAAGCCAAUUCAGACUGCAAGAUCUUCUUCUGAUAAACAUAAGAGUAAAACGGGUCGUCCACCUUCCAAAAAGAUGAGAGAUUGCAAGGCCUCAACCCGUGUUGGAUCAUCUCUAAAUGCUGUUUCUUCAGAUUUAACAGGUGAAUCAGAUGAUGAUCAGAAGGAGCUAUUUACUGCUGCCAGUUCUGCUCAUAAUGCUAGCAGUCUUGCUUGUUCUGGUUCAUUCUGGAAGAAAAUGGAAUUGAUUUUUGCCAAUAUCAGCUUGGAGGAUGCAUCUCGCCUGAAGCAACAGCUGAGUUCAGCAGAGGAUCGUGAUGAGAGUUUGUCCCAGAUAUUUGGGGCUGAAUGUAAUGUUUUGGGUGUUUUAACGCAGAAGGAAACUCCUAACUGUUAUGGUGAAGGAUCAGCAAAAGCUAAUUCUGAAGGAAGGGUUGACAUCAAGAAGUUGGACAAGGUUACUCCACUAUAUCAAAGAGUUCUUUCUGCUUUGAUUGAAGAAGAUGAAAAUGAUGAAUUUUACCAUCAUUUUGAAGGGAAGAGCAUGUCUUUACACUAUGCAAGUGAUGAUUCACAUUGUGGUUCAUGUAACCAGCUAGACAUUGAACCCAAAGAUAGGGACAAAAUGGAAUCAGAAGUUGAGUCAAAUGCAGAUUUUCAGUCUCAGAAGAGCUCUUUUUUAGAUGGACUCUCUUGCAAUAUCAGUGUUGCCUCUAACACAUUCAGGAAUUCUAGCAUGUCUAACUCAUUGCAUAGUAGUGAACAGUGGUUAGGAGAUGACGGUUUUUCACAUUCAGAUGUGGGGCCCAUCAGUGAAAUAUGUUCACAUGAUCCUGCUCAUCCACAAUCUAAGGAAACAAAUGUGUUCAGUGUUUCUUCCUCUGACAUCCAAUAUCAGUUUAUGAGUCUGGAUGAGAAGAUUUUGCUGGAGUUACACGGCAUUGGUCUAUAUCCAGAGACAUUGCCUGAUUUAGCAGAAGGGGAGGAAGCAAUAAACCAAAAGGUUAUGGAACUUAAUGAACAACUUUACCAACAGGUUCAGAUGAAGAAAAGAAAGCUGGGGAAAGUUGAUAAAGCCAUUCAGAACAACAGAGAUGUGGAAAGGAGGAAUGUUGAGCAUGUUGCAAUGGACCAAUUAAUUCAGAUUGCUUACAGAAAACGUGUGCCAUGUCGUGGUGGUAAUUCAUCAAAGAGUGCAGUUCGUAAGGUUCCAAAACAAGUUGCAUUGGCUUUUAUCAAUCGAACUCUUGCUAGAUGCCGGAAAUUUGAAGAGGCAGGCAUUAGUUGUUUUAGUGAUCCUGUACUACAAGAUGUUAUGUUUGCUGCACCUCCUUGCAGCAAUGAUGCAAAAUCUACGGACUGUGUUGGCUCAGGAACUGCUAGUAAUACAUUUAAUGAAACUUCUAACCAACAAACAGAAGCCAGGGCAUCAGGUGCUGUUUCUAGUACUUUUGAGCGAUAUGACUCAUCAGAUGCUCUUCCAUCUGUCCACUCAUCUGAACACGGUGUUUCUAGACAUGGAUUUAUGUUGAAGAGGAAGAGGGAAGUGCUGAUCGAUGAUGUUGUAGGUAGUGCUUCAUCGAGGAUAACAUCGUCUCUUGAAGGCCAUGUUAACGUCGGAAUUAGGGGGAAGAGGAGUGAGAGAGAGAGGGAUCAAAGCAGAGAAAACUUGAGAAAUGGUUCUGUAUCAGGAGCUGGUGCAUCAUUGGACAGCUUCAAGAGUGAACGGAAGGCAAAAACAAAGCCUAAGCAAAAGAACAGCAAUCUAUCAACUUCAGGGAAUGGAGUGCAACCGGGUUAUCCAGAUGCUGGCGGAUCUAGUCAGCAGUCAAUGGCUAAUGCUAGCAACAAGUCAGGUGAAGUGAGGUCAACGUCCAUGAGUAACUUUCCUCGGAAUUCAACCAAAGAUGCUGGUGAACCCAUUGAUUUUUCCAAGUUGAAUGAACUAGAUGUAGCUGAAGAACUGGGCGGGAACCAAGACCAAGACCUGGGUUCCUGGUUGAAUGAAUUAGAUGGCUUACAAGACAUUGAUGAUGCCAUGGGUCUAGAGAUACCAAUGGAUGACCUCUCUGAUCUGAAAUUUGCAUUCUGAUUCAUUCCCCUUACUACAAAUGUAACAGGAACUGUAAUUAUAAUUUUCAUUUCUUCCCUCCAAUUAUCUUUAUAACUAGAACAAUUUCCAUUGUUAAAUAGGCAGAAAGUUCAUGCCAAAAUUUUCUAUGAAGCAUUGCCAGUUCCAUUGAUUAGUAUGAAUUGUAGGUAUUAUUUUUAUGAAUUUAUUAAAAUAACCCCUAAUAAAAUUCUUAUGUUAUU